GGAAGGAGCGCAUCCUGCUGGCGAUACGGCAGCGCUGCGGGGUGCCCGUGUACGUCCCCCACUCCAAGAUGGCGGUUCUGGAGCUGCUGGGGCUGCCGGAGCAGCAGCUGCGGGAUACCUUCACAACCGACCCACGGGUCACUCCCGUGCAUGUGGUGGGCUGGGGCGUGCUGGGCGAUACCUGGCCGUUCUUCCGACCCAACUUCAACAACAUGCAGCGCAUUGCGGAGGAAAUGGGCGCGGAGCGAGUGGUGGGAUUUUGCCCGACGGGCUGGUUGUACGAGAUGCGGAAGGCGACGUUUCCGGUGCGGGCCCGUGGGUCGCUUUCAGUGCACCUGGUGCCGUACAGUGAGCACUCGAGCUAUCUGGAGCUGCGGGAGUACGUUCGCUGGCUGCGGCCGCAGCAGGUCAUCCCCACCGUGGGUGUUGCCCCGGGCGAGGAGGGUGAGCGGCAGCGCGCCGCCCUGCUGCGCCACUUCCGCACCCUGGUGGACGAGACCGCCAGCAAGGCCAGGUUCCUAGCGGCCAUGCGGGGGGGAGGGGCAGGCGGCGGCGGGGGGCGACAUGCGGCUGCGGCUGCGGCUGCGGCCGGCAGCACCGCAGCAGCAGCAGCAGCGGAGGGGCCAGGGCAGCUGCCCGCAGCGUUAGUAGUCGGUUCGGCGGAGGGAGGUGUACAGGGCGCAGCAGCUACCGACGCAGCAGCAGCAGCGUAUCGAAGAGUGGCGUCCGCUCCUGCGGAGGUAGUGGAGGCAGCGGGGUUGGCGAGUGGGGAGGUGCCGGAAAGUGGUGGGCGGUCGGGGCUGCUUACGGCCGCGGACCGAGGCAGCGAGAAGCGGAGAGGAGGCGGUGGUGGGGGUCUAGCGCCUGCCGCCUCGUCGCCGCCGGCAAUGUGUCGCGCCGGAGCAGUCCCUCCGCCCACCACCUGCGGGGCACCGGGCGCCGUGUGUCAGCCGGAGGCGCAGGUUGGGGCAGGGGCAGGCGGAGUGGGCCAGGGUGGCAGCCAAAGGGGCCAAAAG